AUGAGGUGGCUCCCUCUUUACCAUGCUUUGUGCUUCUCCUUAUGGAAGGCUUUGGCCCACACUGUGGAACUUAACAAUAUGUUUGGCCAGAUUCAGUCGCCUGGCUAUCCAGACUCUUACCCAAGUGAUUCAAGAGUGACUUGGAAUAUCACUGUUCCAGAAGGAUUUCGGAUCAAGCUUUACUUCAUGCACUUCAACUUGGAAUCCUCCUAUCUUUGUGAAUAUGACUAUGUGAAGGUAGAAACUGAAGACCAGUUGCUGGCAAUCUUCUGUGGCAGUGAGAACACAGACACUGAGCAUACCCCUGGCCAGGAAAUGAUCCUCUCCCCUGGUUCCUUCAUGUCCAUCACUUUCCAGUCAGAUUUCUCUGAUGAGGAGCGAUUCACAGGUUUCGAUGCCCACUACAUGGCUGUGGAUGUGGACGAGUGCACAGAGCAGGAGGAUGAAGAACUGUCCUGUGACCAUUACUGCCAUAACUACAUUGGUGGCUACUAUUGCUCCUGCCGCUUUGGCUACAUCCUCCACACGGACAACAGGACCUGCAGAGUGGAGUGCAGUGACAACCUCUUCACCCAGAGGACUGGCGUGAUCACCAGCCCUGACUUCCCCAACCCUUAUCCUAAGAGCUCCGAAUGCUUCUAUGCGAUCAGACUGGAGGAAGGUUUCAUGAUCAGCCUGAAGUUUGAAGACAUUUUCGACAUUGAGGACCAUCCAGAGGUGCCUUGCCCCUAUGAUUAUAUCAAGAUUGAAGUUGGGUCAAAAGUCUUGGGACCUUUCUGUGGAGAGAAAUCCCCAGAACCUAUCAAUACUCAGACCCACAAUGUCUCAAUCCGGUUCCGCAGUGACAAUUCAGGCGAGAACCGGGGCUGGAAGCUCUCAUACCAGGCAGCAGGGAAGGAAUGUCCAGGGCUACAACCUCCUGUCCAAGGGAAAAUUGAGCCCUUGCAAGCCAAGUAUUUCUUCAAAGACCAGGUGCUCAUCAGCUGUAACACAGGCUACAAAGUGCUGAAGGAUAAUGUGGAGAUGGACACAUUCCAGAUAGAGUGCCUGAAGGAUGGCUCGUGGAGUAACGAGAUUCCCAUUUGUAAACUUGCAGACUGUGGUGCCCCAGCAGAGCUGGAACAUGGGCUGGUUACCUUCUCCACAAGGAACAACCUGACCACAUACAAAUCUGAGAUCAGAUACUCCUGCCAGCAGCCCUACUAUAAGAUGUACAACAAUAUCACAGGUAUAUACACCUGUUCUGCCCAAGGAGUCUGGAUGAAUGAAGUACUGGGGAGAAGCCAGCCCACCUGUCUUCCAGUGUGUGGGCUCCCCAAGUUCUCCCGGAAUCUGAUAGCCAGGAUCUUCAAUGGGCGCCCCGCCGACAAGGGAACCACCCCCUGGAUUGCCAUGCUGUCACACCUGAAUGGGCAGCCCUUCUGUGGAGGAUCCCUUCUAGGCUCCAACUGGAUUUUGACGGCGGCUCACUGCCUCCACCAUUCGCUCGAUCCAGAGGACCCAAUCCUCCACGACUCUGACCUGCUCAGCCUUUCUCACUUCAAAAUCAUCAUGGGUAAACAUUGGAGACAGCGGUCAGACGAGACUGAACAGCAUCUCGAGGUCAAACGCAUCUUUCUCCAUCCCCAGUAUGACCCCAACACAUUUGAGAACGACGUGGCUCUGGUGGAGCUGUCAACAGGCCCGGUGCUGAAUGACUUUGUGAUGCCCAUCUGUCUCCCAGAGAGUACCCCGGAGGAAGGGACUAUGGUCAUCGUCAGUGGCUGGGGGAAGCAGUUCUUGCAAAGGUUACCAGAGACCCUGAUGGAGAUUGAAGUCCCAAUUGUAGAUCACAGCACCUGCCAGGAGGCCUAUGCCCCACUGAAGAAGAAAGUGACCAGGGACAUGAUCUGUGCUGGAUUCAAGGAAGGGGGGAAGGAUGCCUGCGCGGGUGACUCAGGAGGUCCCAUGGUGACCCUGGAUAAAGAGACAGACCAGUGGUACCAGGUGGGCAUAGUAUCCUGGGGCAAGGACUGUGGAAAGAAGGACCUCUACGGAGUAUAUUCCUAUGUCUACAGCAACAGGGAUUGGAUUCAGAGAGUCACCGGUAUGAAGAACUGA